AUGAUUGAAGAUUUAACUCAAAAGAUUUCUGAAAACUCUGUGGUCAGUCACAAGCGCUGCCCAUCCACAGAGUUCACAGCAGUCCGAAGCCGGAUCGACUCAGAUGCAGUGCCAAGUCCUGCUCGAGUGCAAUCCCAAGCAGUGUUGCUGGAUUUCACAUCGCUUACGGGAGAUAAUUUAGACAGCUCGCCGAAUUCUGUCGAGAAAUGUGCCUCUGAAGCGAAGCAGGUGAGGCUUCAGCUGCCGGAACAAGCCGAGACUGGUCACGGCCACCGGUGCGAUAGGAUUCAGAGCAUUCGCUCGGCACCUGCAAGCUUCGUAUACUUUAAUGGUGCAGAGCGGAAGCGUCUCGUUAUGCAGAGAAGCGAGUACUUGGAGUCGAACAUGGGGCCUUCAGAUGUGCAAUAUCAUGACUUUCAACCCCUUGCCACUUGGACAAGGGCAGAGGAUCCUGGCAUCAGAAUCAGCGGUGCAGAUGCGAAGCUGCCGAGUUCCGACUUCGCUGAUGACCUGAUGGUCAUUCAGGAAUACAAUGGCUUCCUCCGACAUUUCAUGAUUUUUCCAAGCAGCCCAGGCAAGCUAGCCUGGGACUGCGCGGGAGCAGGACUGAUCGUGCACGACCUCUUCACUAUCUCCAUGCAGGUCUUCGAACCUCCGGCGUCAGAUAUUUCUACAUUUAUGCAGUGGUUCAUCCUGAUCUACUGGAGCGUCAACAUGCUGAUCUCUUGCCUUGUCGGUUACAUUGACAAAGGCAUCUUUGUGAUGGUCCCGCACAAGGUCAUCUUGCAUUACAUAAAAACAUGGUGCCUCAUAGAUUUGAUCGUAGUCGGUUCAGACUGGGCUUUCACUCUCUCCACAUCUUCGGAUGGAUCAUCUGAAUCAUCAGCGGAAAGCUCUGUUAAACUUCUUCGGAGUCUUCGUCUUUUCCGGAUGGUGCGCCUCGUGCGAAUACUUCGGCUUCGCAAAACCAUGGAGAGCAUCAGCGAUCUGGUGGACUCUGAGUACAUCAGCAUCGUUGUGAGCAUCCUCAAGAUGCUUGCUUUGCUCCUGAUUGUGAAUCACGUUAUUGCCUGCUUCUGGUUUUGGAUCGGCAACCUUCAAGGUGGUGGUGGAUGGAUUGAGGCGCAUCAUCUCAGUGAUGCUGCGUGGGACUAUCAGUAUGCCACAAGUUUGCAUUGGGCGAUUACCCAAUUCACGCCAGCGUCAAUGCAUGUGCAGCCUCACACCAUGACAGAACGCAUGUUUGCGAUUGGCACUGUUGUAUUUGCUCUUGUGGGAUUCUCAUAUGUUGUGGGCAGCAUUUCCGGAUCGUUGGCCCAGUUGCGAGGCAUGACGGAGAAUCGGGCUAGACAAUUCUGGGAGCUGCGGCGCCAUCUGCGAAAGAAUCAUGUUUCCAUCACACUAUCUGCACGCAUUCAGAAAUAUGCCGAGCAUGUGCUUGAAAGUCAAGAGGACAAUGUGCCGGCAAAGGAUGUGAAACUUCUAACGCUUCUUUCAGAGCAACUCCGAAGCGAACUGGAGUGUGAGAUUUGCAUGCCACACUUUUCAGUGCAUCCGUUAUUUGCACGCCUCUGCGUCGUCUCCCGCGUGACAAUUCACCGCCUAGCGAACAAUGCGAUCUACAACAAGCUCUUGGCAAGGACUGAUACCUUGUUCAUUCCUGGGGAGAUCGCAACCCACAUGUACAUUGUUGUGGCUGGGAGGCUGGUCUACAGCCGGUUCGACUCAAAGAACGACGAGCACAAGGAAUUAGUAGACAAAGGUGAGGACUGGAUCUCGGAGCCAGUGUUGUGGACUCCAACCUGGGUUCACCUAGGUUUGCUAACGGCUUUGACUGAGUGCGAUUUGAUGGUGCUGGAUCCUGUUCAGUUCGGUCGGAUUGUGAAUCUGAACCCUGACGCCAACAUGAUCGCCACCACUUACGUGAAGAACUUCAUUGUUUGGAUCAACUCCGUGGAGAGAGACAGCCUUUCCGACAUAUGGCAGGGCGAGAACGUGUCUCCGCGCGUAGUCGGCUUCAUGGAGUUGGACGAGAACCAAUUCAGAAAUGCAAAAAGUUUGGCUGCAAAGCUUAUGAAUUGGCAGGUCUGA